AUGGGGUUGUUGGUAAUUUUCACUGCGCUUAUUGGUAUUAUUAUUUCAUCAGUUGAUAGUCAACAUGCUCCAAACUGUGCUGAUGGGAGACAUGUAAUAGUUCAUUUGUUCGAAUGGAAAUGGACCGACAUUGCUCAGGAGUGCGAGAGAUUCCUUGGGCCCAAGGGUUUCUGUGGCGUACAGAUUUCCCCGCCAAAUGAACAUAGGGUGAUAUCUGACCCAUGGCGUCCAUGGUGGCAACGUUAUCAACCGGUCAGUUACAAACUGGUCAGCCGUAGUGGCGACGAAUCCGAGUUUAGAGACAUGGUAGAACGAUGCAACAAUGUAGAUGUUAGAAUAUACGCCGACGUAGUUGUUAACCACAUGGCUCGAGCUGGAUACCAAGGCCAGGGGAGCGCUGGUAGUGAUUUCAAUUCUAAUUCGCUAAACUUCACCGGCGUUCCAUAUGGCCCCAACGACUUCAACUGUUGUUGGUGUUCAAUGUGCGUUACUGCCAGCUGCAGUAUUGAGAGUUACGUAGAUGCAAACCAAGUGAGAAACUGUCGCCUCGAUCGUCUAACUGACCUGGCUUUGGGCAAUGAUUACGUCCGUGGAAAGGUUACUGAAUACUUAAACAAGCUUAUCGACAUUGGCGUUGCUGGGUUCAGAGUGGAUGCAGCAAAACAUAUGUGGCCGGGGGAUAUGGAAAUUGUCUUCAGCAGAUUGAAUAAACUGAAUUCACAAUGGUGGCCUGCUGGUACUCAACCGUUCAUUACUUCAGAAGUUAUCUACAUCAGUGGAAGUAAUGAGCCCAUAAGAGGCAGUGACUAUACGUAUCUUGGGCGUGUUACAGAAUUCAACUAUGGGGGGCAUUUAGGACGAGCUUUCAGAAAGCAGUACCCAUUAAGGAACUUGAUAACUUUUGGAGAGACCUGGGGGAUGCUGCAGUCUGAAAAUUCCUUAGUGUUUAUUGAUAAUCACGAUAACCAGAGGGGGCAUGGUGCAGGUGGUAAGGACAUUUUGAGCUUUUAUUUUCCCAAAUGGUAUAACAUGGCAGUAGCUUUUAUGUUAGCUCAUCCUUUCGGUUUUACACGCCUCAUGAGCAGUUACAGAUGGGAUGGAGGUCCGUACUCAAACGACUGGAUUGGUCCGCCAUCACAUAGUGACGGAUCAACUAAAGAUGUACCAAUCAACGCAGAUGGGACAUGUGGUGAUGAUUGGGUGUGUGAACAUAGAUGGCGUCAAAUUACAAACAUGGUGUACUUUAGAAAUGUUGUUACCGGAACUGGUAUAGAGCAUUGGUGGGACAAUGGGAAUCACCAGAUUGCGUUUAGUCGUGGUGACAGGGGUUUCAUUGCAUUCAAUAAUGAUGACUCACCGAUGAACGUCUACAUCAGAGUUAGCCUACCUCCGGGCCAGUAUUGUGAUAUCAUCAGUGGUGGUCCAACUGUGACUGGUUGUUCCGGAACAAUUGUGACUGUUGGAGAUGAUGGCAACGUUCAUGUUGACCUCAGUAAUUCUUUAGAGGAUCCUAUGAUAGCCAUUCAUACUUAUGCCCGACCAGGCAGCGGAGGUGGAAGCACGGUAGCGCCCCCAACAUCUGGACCCACGACGCCACCCCCGACUCGACCCCCGGGAGCAGGUGACUUCCAAAGAACUGUGGUUUUUCUCAAAGCCUCAACAGUGCCAGGGCAAAAUGUUUUUAUCAGGGGAGGUAUUAGCCAUGGCUAUAGAGAUGGUUGUACAAAUGACGUUAUGACAAGUGCGUGCGCACUCACCAUUCAACACAAUUAUCUUGGUAAUUCUAGUCACUAUACAGCCUAUAAUGCUUGGAAAACAGGAGACAACUAUCUGGACUGGUAUGGCGCAGAGAGUGGUCAAGGUAAAUACCUAAAUGAAGUUGCCAGUGGUACACCGGAAGUCUGGACAACUGACAAUCCAAACAACAAUGGUUAUCAGCCAAUUAAUGUGUACGGCGAGCAUUAUUGGAUGACCGAUUUCAACAUGGAUUGUUCUGAAUCAGAAAAUGGAUGGUUUGAGCUGAAGGGUUUCGUUACCAAUUAUUCAUCUGGUUGGGAGACUAAUAUAUCUCAGGACGCCGUGUGUACUGGGAGCGUUGGCGGAAACACCCCGUAUUCGAGUACCAAUCACUUAGCAAGAUGCGGUUAUAUCAACGUCUUUGAGUUCAAUGAUAACGCUUGUAGGAUAGAUUCCUUCAAUGCUUGAUAUGUACAGUAUAUGGAAUACACAAAAUGUUUACAGCUAACUGG